UUAUAAAAGAUACUCAGAUUUUAUUAAAUCUUCAAUAAUCUACCUUCUACAUUGUUAAUAGUACUCACUGUCUAUGUCUUACAGUUUAGUGCUUCUGUAUUAUUUCUUGGUCAUUCUUCUCUUUAUCAUACUUGGGUACACAUACACAGAAUUAUCAGUCAACAUGUAUAAGAUAAAAGUAUUUUUAAAACCCCACAUUGUAGAAAGCUUUUUGCCAGUGUUAAGUAGAGUGAUUUAUGUCGUACUUGCUCUUAAGAUACUACAAAGUAGUAAUGAGGUUAAAACUUAGAAGAAUUUUUUAAAGAUACUUUUCUUUAGCUGUUAGGUUUUUGAUCCAUUCAGCACACAUUGUUGAACCUGUGCUAGGUCAUGGCAUUAGGUGCUGUGGAAACAGUGUCUGCAGAGCAGCCCCCUUGUCACCGUGGAGCUUGCCUGCUCCGGGGGGAGGGGGCGGCAGGCCAUGCAGAGCCUUAGAAUAGUAGUGAAUACAGGAGACUAAAGUAGGGCCUGGGUUUCCCGCAGCUGAGGUUGGACUGGGAAAUGGUCAGCGUAGUGUUGCCGGGUUCAUUCCAAGACCAGAAAGAAAAGCAUUGCACCUAUGAACUUUCUAAGUUGUUAGGUUUAAAGUUUAGAGUUUAUGAAUUAGUACUACAAUACUACAGGACUUUAUUCCUGUUUGCUUUUGUAUAUUUCUCAAGUGUGACUCUGUAAACCUUCAAGAUGUUGAAGUUUAAUUCAAAUUAAAAUAGGGUUUGUACACUUCUGUUUUUCACCAAUCCCUGAGUGAUUUUACAGAGCCGAACCACAGAAAUGAUAGUAUAAAUGAAGAAGAAAAAAACCUAAGUUUCUUGAUCUUAAAAUUAAAAAAAUGAAAGAGUUAAAAAUCAGAAUUACCAUUACAAAGUAUGUGUUUGGUUCCAUAAGGACUGUAUUUUCCUACGAGUAGUGAGGCUCAUUAUAGUGUGCAGUAGCCCUAGGGCAUCUGUUUUCAGUCUUCGUAGCUUGUACAUGACUGGUCAGAAGAAGAGGUUCCCAGCAGUCAGAAGUGAGGCCUGUUUACUUUAAAAUGUUGGGGCCAAAAGAUGAGAUGUUUACACCAGAGGCAGACAGAGAAUCGAGUUUACCUUGGGCAGAAUACCCAGAGGAAUUGGAAAGGUUUCUUUUUGUUUGUGAGAUGAAAAACUGCAAUAAAUGUAUCUAUUUUGAAGCUAAGAAGAAACAAGAUCUCUAUAUGUGGCUUUCAAAUUCACCUCAUGGACCAUCUGCUAAAUUCCUAGUUCAAAAUAUUCAUACCCUCGCUGAACUAAAGAUGACUGGAAACUGUUUGAAAGGUUCUCGGCCCCUUUUGUCUUUUGAUCCUGCUUUUGAUGAAUUACCACAUUAUGCUUUGCUAAAAGAACUCUUAAUUCAGAUCUUUAGUACACCACGCUACCAUCCCAAAAGCCAACCAUUUGUGGACCACGUAUUUACUUUCACUGUUUUGGAUAAUAGGAUAUGGUUUCGGAACUUUCAGAUCAUAGAAGAAGAUGCUGCUCUUGUAGAAAUAGGACCUCGCUUCGUCUUAAAUCUCAUAAAGAUUUUCCAGGGAAGUUUUGGAGGACCAACUUUAUAUGAAAAUCCUCACUACCAGUCACCAAACAUGCAUCGGCGUGUCAUAAGAUCCAUCACAGCUGCAAAAUAUAAGGAGAAACAGCAAGUUAAAGAGGUACAAAAACUGAGAAAGAAAGAACCAAAGACUAUUCUUCCACAUGAUCCCACUGCAGAUGUUUUUGUUACACCAGCUGAGGAAAAACCUAUAGAAAUACAGUGGAUAAAACCAGAGCCAAAAGUUGAUUUGAAAGCAAGGAAGAAAAGGGUUUACAAAAGACAAAGAAAAAUGAAACAGAAGGUGAACAGUGGAAAUGCAAAAUGAAUCACUGGAUAACUAAUUUUUCAGUUAUUUUAUAUUUAUUUUGUAUUCAAUGUGUAAAUACUUUUAUUAUUCAGGACUAUCUUACAUCUAAUUAGUGUGGCAUUUAAAAGAAAAAUUAAAAUCUUGUGGCUUCAGUAGUAUCUUUUUCUAAAUAAAAUAUCCCUAGAAUUCAA